UGUCCAAGAAACAUACAAGCACAAAAUUUAACCCGUGUCUCUGAAUUCCUACUCAUGAGCUUCUCAGAGGAUCCAGACCUGCAGCCCAUCCUCUUUGUACUAUUCCUGUGCAUGUACCUGGUCACCAUCCUGGGAAACCUGCUCAUCAUCCUGGCUGUCUGCUCUGACUCCCACCUCCACACCCCCAUGUACUUCUUCCUCUCCAACCUGUCGUUGGCUGAUAUUGGUUUCAUUUCUACCACGGUUCCAAACAUGAUUGUAAACAUUCAAACUCACAAUGAUAUCAUCUCCUAUGAAGGAUGCCUGACACAGAUGUCUCUUUUUACCAUUCUUGUCUGUAUGGAUUAUAUGCUUCUGUCUGUGAUGGCCUAUGACCGGUUUGUGGCCAUCUGUCACCCCCUACGUUAUCCAGUCAUUAUGAACCCUCGCCUCUGUGGCUUCUUAAUUUUGGGGUCAUUUUUGCUGAGUCUUUUGGACUCCCAGCUGCACAAUUUGAUGAUCUUAAAAGUUACCAGCUUCAAGGAUGUGGAAAUUUCCAAUUUCUACUGUGACCCUUCUGAACUUCUGAAUCUUUCCUGUUCUCAUAACUUCUCUGAUGACUUUGUCAAGUAUGUUCUUAUUGCCAUCUAUGGCCUUUUCCCCAUCUCAGGGAUACUUUUCUCUUAUUAUAAAAUUAUUUCUUCCAUUCUGAGGAUCCCAUCCUCAGGUGGGAAGUACAAAGCCUUCUCUACCUGUGGCUCUCACCUGUCAGUGUUUUGCUUAUUUUUAGGAACAGGCUUUUCAGUGUAUUUUGGAUCAGCUGUAUCACAUUCUCCCAGGAAGGAUGCAGUGGCCUCUGUGAUGUACACUGUGGUCACCCCCAUGCUGAACCCCUUCAUCUACAGCCUGAGGAACAGGGACAUUAAAAGUGCCCUGAGGAGGCUGCAGAUCAGGACAGUCUAA